AUGAUUUCACAACAUGACUUUUCUUCCUCCAUUUUGCCCAACAGCGAUGAGCGAAAUAAAUAUGAAAAAUAUCAUUCCGUAACGAGAGCCAUUUCUUCCCGUAAUCAUGACGACUCUUGUUCUGUAGAACACAUUCCGAUAUUUGAAAAGAAACUCUACAUGGGUCCAGUCUAUUGCAUUAAUUUCUCGAAAAUUAUUCCUUCCGUUCUUUAUGCAGGAAUAGGUCCCAAUCUUCAUAUCUUUGAAACUCAUUCUGGAAGAGAAAUUGGAAGUAUUGCCAUCUUUGAAAAGGGAGGAAGUAUUAAAGGAAUUAAAUUUAUUCAAAACGAGGAGUGUGAGGAGCAACUGAAAACUCUUCACAAUUUUGAUUUAUUGUCAUCGUCAUCAUCACCACUACAGAACACUAAUUCUAUGAUCGAAGAAUUUAUAAUUUACGGACAAAAACGAUUGAAAAUUGUGCAAUUAUUGAUUUCUUUGAAUAGAAACGAGAACACGAAUGACGUGUUCGCCACCAUUGAACAAUGUCAAAUAUGGAAUUUUGGUGAAAUGUGUGAUUGGAUUCUUGAUGUUUUGGAUAUUGGUAUUUCUAUUAACAGUGAUGAGCACAACCAUGAUCGUUCCAUGAGGACAUUAUGUGUAGGCUAUGCCCACAACUUUAUUCAAUUACUUUCAUAUGAUCAUGCAGUUUUGAAAAUGAAGAAAGACGAAUUUCGUAAAUAUAUUCACGAAAACACCACUUCACACCAACCACAGUAUUCUAGGAAUAUUCAAGAGUCCAACCAACAUUUGAAUCUACUGGCAACACGAAAAUCCUAUCCAAAUUGUUUACUCUAUUCCAUGUCACUCUUCUUCAACAGAAAUGGUGCUACGUAUUCACAUGGAGAUUCCACAUCAAUCCUUAAUUCCAUUUGUGAAAAUAUUUCUGUUGCUUCUGGUACAGUUUUUAAUACAGUCAUCAUUUGGAAUUGCAAACAUAAUACGAAAGAGUCCGUUGUCCAAUUACAAGGGCAUAAUGGUGUCAUUUUUCAUGUGGAAUGGUCAGACGAUGGAAAGCAUAUAUGUUCCACAUCAGAUGACAGAACGCUGAUUUUGUGGAAGUUUAAUGAACAGCCUCUCCACACUAUUUCACAUCAUGCAGACUCCAAUCAAGUAUCAGAGACGUACACAAGCACAAUCUUUUAUGGACACAAUGCUCGUGUGUGGCAUUGCAAAUUCACAAAACAUUUUAUCAUCUCUGCAAGUGAGGACGCAACCAUACGGGUGUGGGACUAUGAUGGAAAUUGUGUCUCAACUCUGCAGGGUCAUAUUGGAAGAAAUGUUUGGAGAAUUGAUAUUGACUCUACACAACAAGUCAUUGCAAGUGGUGGAGGUGAUAGCUCUGUAAAAUUGUGGUCCUUAAAGAGAAUUCAAGAUUACGCCAUUGUUCAUCAAAAUUUUGAAUUGCCUCAAAUGACAGUCCCGCAGAAUCAAUCAAAAAAGCAAGCUGACAUGGUCAGGUGUAUGCACGCCAUGAAUCAACAUAUUUACGUCGGUACAAAGAAGGGCUUCGUGUACCAGGUGAAUAUUCUCAAUGGAAAUUAUUCACCAAUUUUCAACACGAAUAUGGUAGCAGAAAUGGGGUCAGCUGUAUCCUCGAAAGAAUCUCCUCUGUUGUGUGUGGUGAGAUGCUCUCCAUGUGAACAAUUUAUUUGUAUUGGAAACUCAGCUGGUUACUGCUGCAUUUUAGAUAUUUCUACUGGAUCUGUUCUUUCCACGUUCAAAGCAAUGAGCUCGAGGAUCCUUGCUGUGUUUUGGGUGAAAAAUUUGGAUCAUUCUUUUACAUUAUAUUUUUCAUCCCCUUUGGGAACGAUGAAAGCUUUUGGAAUUUCAUUUUCACACAAUUUUGAAGAAAUGUCUUUGAACGAGUCGUCAUCAUCCUCUCCAGCUCCAAGUGUUUCUAUCACAGAAGGAACUCAUUAUUUGGUAAAAGGUAAAAUUCAAGCUCUGUGUGCAGUACGAGACGAGCGCAUUCUCAUUACAGGAGAUGACGAAGGUUUUAUCCAUGUAUUGAGAGCUUCCCAAAACACAACACCUGACGAGAAAACGCCCGAAUUUGUGAUGAAAACGGCCCACGCAGAUCAAGUGUGUGAUAUCAAGUAUGUGAACAGGGAGACCAUUUAUUCAGUGGGAAGAGAUGGUUCCAUAUGUUUCUAUCACCUUAUUCAAGAUGAAAAUAAUGGAAUGUUUACGUUAGUGAAACAUCAACAAGAAAGGUUGAAAAGUGUCAUGACACAUCUCGAUCGAAUUUUCAUUUCCUAUCGCACGCAAGAGAGCUCUGAAUAUCAAGUGGUUGCGGGUGGGUGUGAUUUUGUGGACACAAUUCCAGCUUCAAUUUUUAACAAGAUGGAGAGUGAAAUUUUACUCAUUGGAUUUUAUGGUUCACACAUGAUUGUUUAUAAUUAUACAAAGAGAUAUCGAAUUGCAUCCUGUAAAUGUGGUGCUUCGAGAGGAAUUUAUGAUUUUGUUUACACAACAUUAUAUCAUACGCCUCAACUUGUUUGUUCUGCAUCAUUCUUUAGAGAUUCUCUCAUCAUGAACUUUGUUGAGAAAAAACAAGAAGAAGAGCUCGCACUAUUUAAAAAUCAGACUCCAUUUAUUCAAUUCCAUGGUAGAGAGGUCUUAAACGCCACUCAUUGGAAAUCAGGUAAUGAUCUUCGAAUUGUCACUUGCAGUGAAGACACUAAAAUCAGGAUAUUAUCAUACCAUGACGAUAGCACAUCAUUGAAAGAGAAACCAUGGACCGAAUCCAAUAAUAUUUCAACACUGUCCAUUUUGAAUGCACACGAAAGUAGUGUGAAGGAAUUAUCUGUAGUCGAUUAUUAUGGAGAAAAUUCCAAAAUCUUAAUUUCAGGAGGUGGAAAAGAACAAUUAGCAAUUUGGAAAAUUGAAGAGCGUGAUUCAUCAUCUUCCAUCACGACAGACCUAUUACUUAACAUCAAUUUAACAAAUCAAUAUCUCUCUCUCUUUCAUCCUCAAAUUUAUCAAGAUUUCAAAAAUCGCGACAAGUGGUCGCAUUCUUCACACUCGAUCAAAACCUAUCAUGUGAAAAACAAGUCACGUCUAGAUGUCAUUAAUUUUAGAAUUCUGAGUCUUGAUGCAUUUAAAUGCUCUACACAUUCAGAAGAGUUGAUCAUUCUAGUGGGAAGUAGCGAUGGUCUUGUUAAGGUAUUUUCAACACAAAAUCAAUUGAGAAAAUUGAGACCCAUUGCUCACUCAUUCCUUCAUAAUGGACCUGUACUUUCACUUGCCACCGUUCGCCUUGAAGAUGAUCAUCAACGAUUGAUUUUUUCAGCAUCUACCAAUGGAAAGCUCUAUUGUUGCAUGUAUGAUCCAAAGAAUGUUGAGAGUUGUGAAUAUACAGAAAUGAAUUCCAACUUGAAUGUACUUGAAGCAUUUUUUGAAUGUGACAUUCAUCAAUCAGGAGUGAAUUGUAUGCAUGUUCAUCCAUUGGAAAAUGAUCCUUCUAUGAUUCAUGUGUGUACAGGAGGUGAUGAUCAGUCUGUGAAUUUGGCAAUUUUGAAAUUUGACACUUCCCAACAGCAAUUAAGACUUGUAUCAAAUGUUCAUCUCGAAGGAGUGCACAGUUCAGCAGUGAGUGGAGUUUUCUCAACUGGGUUCUCAUCUCCAAGACUGACAGAUAUGACAGAAGAACAAUUGAAUCGUCUUGUGUUAUCGAUAGGAAUUGAUCAACGCCUUAAUGUUUAUUCAGUUUCACCUCAUCGAGAGACAUUUGAAAUUAUUGCAAGCUGUAUGAGUGAGGUGAAUGAUAUUUCUCACAUGCACGUCAUUGAAGAGAAGGAUCAUUUCAAAGUGAUCAUUGUUGGAAUUGGAAUGCAAAUAAUCUCAAUCAGUAAGAACGCACUGUUCCUGUGCAUGUCAAAUAGUAACAAGAACCAACAAUUCCUUAUUUAA